AUGACAUGGAUAAAUUUCAUUUCAAGUUUAAUCAUUAUUUUUUUUUUAUUAGAUAAAAAAAAAAGUAUGCUUUGUUUAUCAUUUAAGCAUAAAUUUAUAAGAUAUGCAUCAAAAGCAAGAUUAAAUAAACAGCAAAAAGAACAAAACCAAUAUAUAAAAAAAAAUUUUUUUUAUGGAAAAAGAUUUGUAUUUAUAUUAUCAAAAAAGGUUUAUAACUUAAAUAAUAAAUCAUCUCUACCUUCAGUGUCUAUUAAAAUAAAUAAAAAUAAAAACUUUAACUGCUUGAAAAAAGUAAUUGAAAAAAAUUUAGUUCCAGUUAAUUAUUUUUCGCUUUAUAUGAAAAAUUUUUUUUUUCCUUAUUGUAAUAAAAAAAAGCUAGGAUUUGUUAAAAUGAGUAGUAUAAAUGAAUCUAAAUGUAAUAUAUCAAUAGAAGAAGUAACUACAAAAAAUCAACAAACAAAAUAUAAUGAAAGCAUUUUAAGUGAAAAUGACAAUAAAACAAAUCCUAUCCAUGAUAAUUUUGAAAAAACAAAUUCAAAAGAUAAAAGUAAUAAUGUAGAAUACAAAAUAGAUACACCAAAAGAAGAUAAAAACGAUAUUAUAAAAAAAAGGACAAAUAAUCAUCUAGAUAAUUUAAGUAACUCAAAAAAUAUUAGCAUUAAUUCAUCAAACAAGAAACUUUUUGUAAUUGACACAGAUAAAUGUAAGGAUGACACAAAUAUAACAAGUAAAAAUGCAAAUGGUGACGAGAAUUACAAAAUUUAUAAUAUACAAGAACUAGAAAAUAUGAGAAAAAAUUCUAAUUUUUUUAAAUUAAAUAGUACAGAAAAUGACGAAUUUAGCAUAGAAUUAUAUUUUAAUUAUAAAGAAUUGAAAUUUUUAAGAAAAAAGGAGGAAAAUUUAAAAUCAUUAAUAAAUAGAUUAACUUUAAAUCUAAAGAAAUUAGAAAAAAAAAAAAAACAAUUAAAUAAAAAAAAAAAUAAAAAUAAAGAGCAAACAGAAGACUCACCUAACAAAACUGUAAAUUCUAUUCAAUUUUUUGAUAGUGAAAAUAAUUUAAUUGAUGAAAAUGAUACAUUGAAAGAUAUUGCAGAUAAAUUAAAUUAUGUAAUUAUAGAUAAUUUGAAAAUAUCAAUAUUCAAAGAUUUAUAUGAUCUAAAACAAAUAUAUGUAUCAAUGGAUGUGUAUAAUAAUCAUCCUAUUAUUCCUGUUAAUUUGCCAUUGGAUAAAAUAAAUGAAUAUGUCUAUUAUUGGAUAGAUUCAACAGAUAAAAAUGUAGUAAAGUCUUAUGAGUUAUUUUAUAUCCCUAAUAAAGAUGAAAUAUCUAAAAAAAUUCAACUAGUUAUAUAUGAUAAAAAAAAUCCUUUUUUUUUUUACGUGACUGAGCAGACACAAGUUAAUCAUAAUGAAUUUGAAGAAGAACUAAUAAUAAAAGGAAAUAGAUAUAUAGAUUUUAAAAAAACACAUGAUGAUAAUAAUAACAUAAUUCGUAUCAUGUCUUAUAAUAUACUUGCGCCAAUUUAUACGAAUACAAAAUAUGCAAUGGAAUACAUGUUUAAAAAUAUUGAACCUCGUUAUUUAAAAACAAAUUAUAGAUCACAUUUAUUGAUUUAUGAUAUAAAUUAUGAUCUUGAUAUAAUAAGUUUACAAGAAGUUAGUGAAUAUUUACAUUCUAAUUUGUUUACUGUUUAUUUACAUGAAAAAUUUUAUUCCUAUUAUAAGCCAAAAAGUAAUCACGGAAAUGAUGGAUGCUCCUUGUUUGUGAAUAAAAAAAAAUUUUCUCUUAUAGAACAUAGGAAUUACGAAUUCAGCGAAGUUAUUAAAAAGAAAGAAUUGAAAGAUGUGUAUGAUGUGUUUAUCAAUUUAUCAGAAAAUCUUGAAGAAAUCAUUAAUGGAAUUAAAACUGUUUUUCAAAUAGGAAUAUAUUUACAUAAAAAUACACAGUGCGUUUUUAUAAUUGCAAAUACUCAUUUUUAUUUUCAUAGUUUAGCAGAUCAUAUUAGAGCAAUGCAAUCAUAUUCUAUAUUGUAUAUUUUACAUACUUUAAAAAAUGAAUGUGAACAAAAAUAUUUGAAAACUGCUUAUGUUAUUUUAAAUGGGGAUUUUAAUACAACUUUUGAUUCAGAUGUUUUUCAUUUUUUCGAAGGUAAAGAUAUUACUUCUAAUUCAGAAAUAUGGAAAAAUGCGAAAUUAUUUAAAAAGGAAUUCGAUGAUUUAAAUAAAUAUCCCAAGUUAUUUGAUUUAAAAAAUACCUAUUCUUCUCAUGAUAUUAAUGGCCCAUUUUUGAAUAGAAAGAAAUUUUUAAGUUUAUAUUCUGCUUAUAAAAAGAAGGAUAUUUCUUAUACUAAUUGGAAUAAUAAUUUUAUAGAAGUCUUAGAUCAUAUAUUUUUAUCACCAGAUAUUAAGGUUAGGAAAAUAUUAAAAGGAAUUGAUCAAAAUAAUUUCGCAAAAUACAAAGGUUUAGUUUCUCCAAUACAUCCAAGUGACCACUUACCAAUAGCCGCAGAAAUAGAAAUAUAA